GACAAAAGCUUGAAAAUAUUUUCUUUCUAUUUAUUAAGAUUAUGAGAAUUAUUGUUUCAAAAAAAGAAAGAUUAUGAAAAUUAUUUUUUGUAAUUGUUUUUUUCUCCAAGUAUUUAUGAAAGAUAUAAGGUUGUCCAUUUUUUUCUGCUCAAUAUACGAAAAAUAAUUGAUUUAUUCGAUCUUUCUAGAUGGAGACCAAACAAAAUAGACAAUAUAUAUCCACUAAUGUAAGUAUGUUACGUGGCACUUAUCACCAAUGUACACGUGUCAAUCACACAGGACUCUAGCGGCUGAUUGCUUCACUUUUUUAGAAAUGUAAACAUUUUUUUAAAAAAUUUCACAGCCUGUCAACCAAUCAGCUGUUCACGUUGUAAUUAUUAAAUUAAUUAAAAAUAAAAAUAAAACCGGGAACCGUCUAUAUCCAGUUUAACAAGCCUCAUGUGCUUCAGUAUAAGUAAGCUCAGAGAGCUGAGAUGUGGAAAACAAACAAGUGCUAUAAGCCCCUCUCUCUCUCACUCUCCACUCGUGUAACACACACCGUCCGAUCAACAAUCUUGAUCAUCAUCACAAUAUCAGUAUGCCGAUCAGAGACAUCGCCGUCGGUAGACCCGAGGAGGCAACUCAACCAGACGCCUUAAGGGCGGCCUUGGCUGAGUUUAUCUCAACUCUGAUCUUCGUCUUCGCCGGUUCAGGUUCAGGUAUCGCCUUCAACAAGCUCACCGACAAUGGUGUCACCACUCCCGCCGGUCUCAUCUCCGCCGCCAUAGCUCACGCUUUCGCACUAUUCGUCGCCGUCGCAGUCGGAGCCAACAUCUCCGGCGGACACGUCAACCCUGCCGUCACCUUCGGCGCCUUCGUCGGCGGUAACAUCACACUCCUACGUGGCAUCCUUUACUGGAUCGCUCAGCUCCUCGGCUCCACCGUCGCCGCCUUGCUCCUCAAGUUCGUCACCGGUGGUUUGGCUGUUCCAACAUUCAACUUAUCUGCUGGAGUUGGAGUAUGGCAAGGAUUGGUCUUCGAGAUCGUGAUGACCUUUGGAUUGGUUUACACAGUUUACGCCACAGCCGUUGAUCCCAAGAAGGGUAAUUUGGGCAUUAUUGCUCCCAUCGCUAUUGGUUUCAUCGUUGGUGCUAACAUCUUGGCUGGUGGGGCCUUCGAUGGGGCCUCGAUGAACCCAGCAGUGUCUUUUGGGCCUGCUUUGGUGAGCUGGAGCUGGGAGAACCACUGGAUCUACUGGGCCGGGCCUUUGAUCGGUGGUGGUAUUGCUGGGCUUGUAUAUGAGUUCGUCUUCAUCUCCCACACCGGCCACGAACAGCUCCCAACCACUGAUUACUAAGCCAUUUAAAACGAUGCUUUAGUUUCACGGCUUGGUGUAUUUAUUUGGUUUCGAGGGUUUUUUUUCUUUUCAUUUUCAAUUUGUGUUUAAUCUCCACCGUUGAUCUUUUCAUUAUCUCAACAAAAUCAUGAUCAUUUUGAUCUUUCUCCCUACUCUACCAUGUUAAUGUUUUGCCCUGUAUUGCAUUAUUGUGUGUGAUUAUUCGAUGGAAGACAGGGUGAUUGAAUUGAUCA